AUGAAGCCAGUUCGGGUUGCCACCUUUUGGUGGGUGCUAACACUGGUGCCCAGGCUGGGGUCCAACAGGAAGGGGUUCCCAGAAGAGGCCUCCUUCUACUAUGGAAUGUUCCCACCUGGCUUUUCCUGGGGUGUGGGCAGUUCUGCCUACCAGACAGAGGGCGCUUGGGACCAGGACAGGAAAGGGCCCAGCAUCUGCGAUGCCUUCAUGCCCAGCAGGAAGGGGAAGGUGCUAGGGGAUGAUGAGGCAUGCGAUGGUUACUACAGGGACCAGGAGGACAGAGCUUUGCUGAGGGAAUUGAACAUGAGCCACUACCAAUUCUCCCUGUCUUGGCCCUGACACCUACCCACAGCUGACCAGGUGAAUGAAAAGGGAGUCAAAUUCUACAGCAACUCACUGGUCACUGACGCCCUUCUGAAGAGCAACAUCACCUCUGUGGUGACCUUGCAUCACUGGGAUCUCCCACAGCUGCUCCAGGUCAAAUGUGGCAGGUGGCAGAACGGGAACCUCAUCAACUACUUCGGGGACUACUCAAAUCUGUGCUUUGAGGCCUUCAGUGACCUUCGGGCAGCACAUCACAUCGUUAAGGCCCACGCCCUCGCCUGGCAUUCCUAUAACACCAUAACUGUUGACAUCAGGCACUCCAAGGACAUGGAGGCUGCGAGAUACCUACAAUUCUGCCUGGGCUGGUUUGCAAACCUCAUCUAUGCUGGUGACUAUCCUCAACUUAGGAAGGACCGUGUAGGAAGAAAGAGUGCAGAGCAAGGUCUGCAGAUGUAGAGGUUACCCGUGUUCUUACUCCAGGAAAAGAACCACAUUAAAGGCACGUUGGAUUUCUUGGGAAUAGGUCAUUUCACUACUAGGUACAUCAAAGGAAGGCACUACCCCUCCUGCCAAGGGCCCAGCUACCGCAACAUCAGUGAUUUAAUAGAGAUAGUUGACCCAAACUGGCCAGACCCGGGGUCUAAAUGGUUGUAUUCUCCACUGUUAAGUCACAUGCAGAUGGUUACGGAGACGGUGGUAACCACGGUCGUCACCCUCUGCAUACUAAUCACUUCGGUUCUACUGAUGUUCCUGCUUCGGAGACAGAGUUGA